AUGACUCUUCAAACAUCCAUCACCGCUGUUGCAGUCCAAGUAUCCAGAAUACCAGCAACAUGUUUCCAAGGCGAUACUCCCAAUUUCGCCGUAUUAUUAUCUACCGGAGAAAUCCAAGUCUACACAUACAAGAACGGCAUAGCACAGAUGCCUGUUCUGAGGCUGCGUAACUCACGGGAGAACUCCAGGACAACUUGUCUUGCUUGGAAAGGCGAUUGCAUCAUAACUGCUGACACAGACGGCGUAAUUAUGUUUUACGACUUUGCUUUCGGUACAUCGAAGCAAACAUACUCUCCUUUCAUCGACAUAGACAGGAUAGAGUUCGAGAGAUCAUCCAGCGGAUUGUACGUACACGCGAGAGACGGAAAAUUUGGUUUUUCACUUGAAAAAGUGGAAAGUUGUCCUUUUUCUGUUUCCUCAUUCGCUGUAACAGGAAAUGGACUCGUCCUCGUCUCCCCGCUCAAUGACGAAGCCGUGAAAUUCGUUAUUGCAAGAGACUGGAGAUCUGUAAAAAGAAUCACUUCACCUGCCCUCUUAAAACCGCUAAAAACCGCCCAGCAACGGUUAGAGCUUAUGGGUGAGCAAUUAUUAACGAAUCCUACUACAGGAACAUGGUCAGAAGCACUUCAAAUAGCUGAGAUAGCUAAUGACCAUGGAUUUCCAACUGAUUCCAUUAUUUGGAAGUGUGUUUCACGUAGUUUGGGAGGUCCGAGGUUGCA